AUGGAAGAGUGGUAUGGCAUUAUUUAUAGAAGACUUAAGGAAGAAGGACAACUGAUCCAAAUGUCAGAACAGUUCUCCAGUCUUCAAUUAGAUCUCGAACGUGUUUCCUUUACUUGGCAACUUGACUGUGUUCAAAGUGCAGUUGUGAUUAAGGAAAAGUUUCAAGGCAAGUGUAAAACAAAGUCGGUAUCAUCAAGGAAUGAUGGAAACAAGAAGUUUCAGCUCAAAAAAUUUUCAGAUGCUUUAAUCUUGUACAACAAAAGUGUGAAUUUUGCUCCACUGUGUGGAGAUGAGCCAGAAUUCUCCAUGGCAGUGGCAAAUCGGUCAGCUGUCUUGAUCCACAUGAAACAAUACAGUCAAUGCCUGCUUGAUAUCAAUCUGGCAUUAGCUUAUGGUUAUCCGAACACUUUAAAGUAUAAACUGUUUGAAAGGCAAGGAAAAUGUCACUUCUUCAUGCAUGAACCAUUGAAAGCCUUUGAGAACUUUAACAAAGCUCACGAGCUGCUUUCAAUGUCCAAUCUUUCAAAAGAAAAGUACAAUGGGCAUUGCAAAACCUUGGAAAUGUGGAUGACUAGGAGUAAAGAAGUAUUGAAACAGCAAGACGAACAUAGUGACAAUAUUGAACAGCGCAUUGACUGCACAAUAGGGGUUGCUGUGACAGGAGAUAAAAAUGAGACUUUUCCUUGUCUGUCAUCCAAAGUUGAGGUGACGUCAGAUGAUGAGAAAGGUCGUCAGGUCAAAGCAGUAGAAGAAAUAAAAGUUGGUGAUGUUGUUGCCAUAGAGAAGCCUUAUGCAUCCGUACUUUUGUGUGAAAACUAUUUGACGCACUGUCAGCAUUGUUUGAAGCGACUGCUGUCUUCAUUUCCAUGUCGUCAGUGUGCUCGAGUCGCAUUCUGCAGUCGGACAUGCGAGAGAGCAGCCUGGCUUUAUCACAAGUACGAGUGCAAGUAUCUUGACUUCUUGUCCAAUUGCGGUGUCGAAAAGUUUGGCUUUCUCGCUCUUCGUGUCAUGACGAAGACGACGUGGCCGGUGUUAAAGAAAUUCAAAAACGAUAAACGUCCUGAAGAACAGUUAUCAGGCGAUGGCUCAUUCACAAAACCUGCGUACGGUAAUAGUUAUUUUGAAGUGUACAAUCUUGUUGCCCACACUGAAGAUCGUUCAACAAGUGAUCUGUUUCGUAGAUCAGUUUUGGCUGUUUUACUGGUCAAAUGUCUAGCGUCUUCUGGGUAUUUUGGUUCACCCACCACUAAACAAAAGGAUGACUUCGAUGUACUUUUUGCUGCUAGUCACAUACUGCGCAUGCUCCAGGUUUUACCCUGCAAUGCCCACGAAAUAUCCGAAUUUAUUCAAAAAGAAAAAGAUUUGGUCAAUUCUCACACCAUCGAAAUUGCUGCCGCUAUCUAUCCGACAUUCAGUCUCUUCAACCAUUCAUGUGAUCCCUGUGUGACCCGCAAUUUCUACGGGGAUACAUGCGUGAUGCGGGCAAUCCAAACUGUCCGUAAAGGUGACGAAGUUUUUGAUAACUAUGGUUACGUAUCAGCCGUCACUCCUCUUGCCGAACGACAGGCUGAACUGAAAAAGCAGUACUAUUUCACUUGUUCCUGUCCCGCUUGUAUCGAAGCCUGGCCGUUGUACGCCGACUUGGAGUGUCUGGUACCCAUUUUGAAAUGCAGACGAUGUCAUCGUCGUGUUGUUUCACGUGAACGAAUCCGUUACAAAUGCCCCUUUUGCAAAGAAGAAAUGGACGUUGCUGCAAGAUUGAAAGAGAUCGACGAUGCCGGUGCUUGUUUAAAGGUUGGCAUCGAUAAAAUGAUCGAAGGUGAUGAUAAAGCAGCUCUGCCGCAGUUGAUAGCCUGCGUAGAAAGGUUGGAUGAGUGCUUGAGUCGACCUUGGCAGAACAUCAAUUCUUGCCAACAAGGAAUCAUUCAAUGUUUCAACGUCUUGCAAACUAAUAGAUAUGUCGAGCGAAACAAAUGAACUGCUGCUGCGUUUUUGAUACGUGCCUAGGUGGAUAUUUUACAGCUGCGCUUAUGCCAUUACGCAAGCUGGAGUAUUUUACAAUGUUAAUUUAAGAAUCAUCGAGAAAAGGCUCUGCGAUACACGCGUAGUCUCCAGGCGUAAACAACAGGAUUUGCAGCAUAGUUGAGAUAGGAAAAUGCUUGUGCAUAACGAAAACCACUGUCGUACACGAGAAGUGACAUUCCACUUCCUUGUCGAGCAAAAAUGAUGUUGGAAAAGACGAUAUACGGCAUGUAGGUAACGAUCAAAACCAACAUUAGAGUGAGGACAAUCGAGGUGAUGUGGGCAUGGCAUGCUUGUAAAGAUAAAUCCAUCACAUGAGAUACAUCCGCUGAACUGCCGGAGUUACUCAGACUACGUCUUUGUCGACGUAACACGAGAAAUAUGACUAUAUGGAUGAAUAUGAAGGAAAGGACAAUUAUUUCCAGAAACAGCAGAAACAAAAGACGUCUAGUGGUCGCGUAUUUCAUAACUACACUGCCAACUAUUGCAAAGCCCCAUAUCAGAAUGAUUCCAAUAAUCGUCUUUCUCUUCGUGAGAAUGUUUGACCACGUCAUUGGUUUUAUGGCCACGAUUAGGCGAUCCACAGACAUGAAUAUUAAUGUAUAGAAUGACAACUGAAUGCUUCCACAUAAAAAAAGAAACUGAAAACCAUGCAAAGUUUUGUCUUUUUGAGCAAAUUUUAAAACCAUGACUAGUACCAACAUCAUUCCUGUUAGACAGUCGGCGAGAGCCAGGUUAGCGAUUAGAAAUGACACUCUGGUUCGAAAGAACCUUUUGCGUUCAUUGUACAUUACUAAAAGUAGCAAAACGUUCAGAACUGCCGCUGCAAAACCGAUCAUCACAAGGAGAACAUCCGGCGCUUUUACUCCUGAACACGACAUCAAUGUUUGAUUUCCUUCCGUAUUCAUCAUAACUCGGUUUACUUUUCUACAAAGAAAAUAAUUUAUAAGCUGUGAAUAUAUGAAGUCAUGUCGAGGUCAAGCUGAAUCAAUUUCUCGAAUGAUCGUCGGAGAUAAUGACUGUAACGACAGUAAGUAUUGCCGGCUUAUAUUUGAUGACAAAUUUGAUCGGAGGCGUAUCUUGUCUUUCUUCGUCACUUAAAUGUUAUAACAUCGCUUGAACAUGUGUUCUUGCGCACCUUGUGCCCGUGUUCUUUUAAAUAUCGGUCCGUGGAUUGCUUUAGAAUUACCGCAAACAUCUUAUCACAGAAUUUUUGAUGUUCUAAUCAAACAUGACUAUAUGCAUUUGAAAUAUUUGAAAUAUGGAAGUCUUUAUGCACGCUAGUCCGUUAACUAUGUCUGCCUUUACACAUGCUCUUCGUAAAUAUUACUUAAGUGAGUGUAUUUUUCGCAAUGUGCACAGAUUAAGAUAUAUGGGAAGAUAUGCAUGUUUAUCGCGAAAUCUGGUGGACUUUUUUGUUUUUUUUUUCUUUUUAUUUGAUUUAAUGCGCAUGUGUGCGUCUCAUUAUUGGCAGUUACAUAUUUUUUGCUUUUAGCAAAUAAGAUAUGACUUAGACUAACCUUAGAUAUGGUUCGCUUUUCGAUGACAGAGAAAACGACGAAGAUGAUAUUUUGACUCGCAACAGGACUACUAAACUUGACACCUGUUUUCAUUCGGGAAGGUCUUUGACUAAUUUUGAUGAAUGAGUUAAGUAUCAGCAAUUUUCGUAAUGUUCGCAAAAAAACCCAGCAAGACUUCUUGCAGUUAACGAAAUUGUAUAAACUAACUCACGUCCUAUCUCUCUCUCUCUCUCUCUUCCAUGCCUUUAUUCUUAUCCUCCCCCCCCCUUUAUUCCAAGUUACACACAUUGCGGAAGGAGCAAGAAAACCGAAACUGUAUUCCAUAUUAAGUUAAAUAUGUCUUAGUGUGAAUAAAAAUGCACAAACCACAAAACAAAGUGCUAGCUAUGACAAAAGUCUGUGUUUCGUUGUAGCCGAGAAGUGAUCAAACUAACUAAUUCCUUUUCAAUGCUACUGAAGUUUGUUUCCAGAAGAAUUUGUUUCUGUUACUUAAAAUUCAAUUCAUUUUUGUUACAUUUUUGGAACCUUGAACUUUCCUCCUCUUCAUCUAACCCUUCCUUUGUCUGUCUAGUAGCCGAAAGCGCAAAUACAGAUUCAGUAAUCCUGAAACUGGAGAACAUCUAUAUAUAUUUUUUUGUCGUUUUGUGUAUUUCUGUCAAUAAAUUUUGUACUUAUUCA